UGUAGCAAGCCUGCCUCCACACUUGGGUCUCCCCCUUGUCCAUGAGUGCUUUUUCAUGAGGGAGGUUGCACCGGGAGAUCUAGAGGGAGGGUCUCUGAGUGUGAGCAGAGUUUUUAUGUCUCUUUUUUCAUUCAGUGGAUGCUCAGUGGCCCCUGAACAGCUUGGAUUUAACCGUUGACCGGCUGGCUAACAGGUGGCGUUUGGGGAAACAGUGUGAGCACUGUGUGGAGUGCUGCUGCACGCUGAGACACUUUGAGGUGCUGUUGCAGGAGCCAGCAGCAUGUUGAGGAUCCAGACGUGGUUGCUUGUCCUGGUUCUCUGUGCUGGGAACUUGGAAGCCUGGUUUUGGCAGAAAUACGAUGAACGAACCACAGAGACCCCAAUGGAGACAGGAACUACAGGUGCCACCACGCCAGCAAAAACAACAGGUGCCACCACGCCAGCGGUGAUGACAGGUGCCACCACGACAGCCAAUGCCACAAAGAAUAAGAAGAAGGAAGAGGAGGAGGAUGACAACCUAUCCGGGGUUGGGGAAGAAAUCAUCAACGUGGCCACGGGAAUCCGUAAGUUUGUCGAGGCGUGGGAUGCGACCCCGACCCCGACCACCAGGACUACUAACGGAGGCCUGACAGAGAAGGUGGAGAGCGCUAACCCUAACACGACGGAAGAGACCGGUGUCUCUUUGGACCAGCUAAUCGGAGACCCUCCACCCAAUGCGAUCACCAGAGUCUACGGGCCAAGGGGUGGGGCUGCUUACGCCUUCACCUCUGCGGCAGUGUCGGGCCAACCGGCUCGGGCCCACGUCCCCAACCCUUUCUACCGCCACUUCUCCCUCGUCUUCUACAUCAAGCCAUCCACUCCUGCCGCCUCCGUCCUCUUCUCCAUCACCGAUGGGCCCCAGAAGUUCAUGUACGUCGGUGUCAAGCUCAGUGCGAUGCAGUCCGGCCGUCAGAGGGUUCAGUUCUUCUAUACAGAGCCCGACUCCGAGGCUUCGUAUGAGGCGGCCAGCUUUGACGUGCCCAGCCUGGUGGACACCUGGAGUCGCUUCUCGCUGUCUGUCCUGGAGGACCAGGUGACUUUCUACCAGGGCUGCGACUCUGAGCCACAGGUGGUGAAGUUUGAGCGCUCUCCGGAUCCCAUGGAGCUCGACACGGGGGCUGGGAUCUUUGUGGGCCAGGCGGGAGGAGCCGACGCUGACAAGUUCCAGGGUGAGAUUGCAGAGCUGAAAGUGGUGGGAAACCCUCGGGCAGCUGAGCGUCUGUGUGACGACGACGACGACUCUGAUGCUUCCUCUGGUGACUUUGGCAGCGGCGAAGGCGACAGGAGACAGACGGGGCACACUGUGAAGACCACGCCUUCUUCCUUACGACCAGUACCUGAACCCCCUGUGAUAUCCUCACAAGGAACCUGGCUCAAAGAAACAGGUCCCGGCGGUGCUAAAGGCGACAGAGGGGAAAAAGGCUCAAAGGGGGACGUGGGCCCCGCAGGGCCAAAGGGAGAGUCUGGCUUCAGCUCUGGCUCUGGUGUCUCCUCUCAGGGUGGAGGACAGAAGGGAGAAAAAGGUGCAAAGGGUAGUUCCGGCUUCGGAUACCCCGGCAAUAAAGGAGAGCGUGGGGCUCAAGGGCCUCCCGGACGCCCUGGUCCUCCUGGACCCGCAGCUGAGGUGGUCCGACUUGGGGACGGCUCUGUUGUGCAGCAGGUGUCCGGACCCCCCGGACCGCCAGGACCACCAGGGUCAGAUGGGCCUGCAGGAACUCCAGGAACUGAUGGAGAGCCUGGUGAUCCAGGAGAGGAUGGGAAAGCUGGUCCCCCCGGGCCACGUGGUUUCCCAGGAAGUCCAGGAUCUGCUGGUGUCAAAGGCGAAAAGGGUGAGCGUGGAGAGGGUGAACCAGGACCCAGAGGCCCCCCUGGUCUACCAGGACCUCCUGGACCUGGCACCGGUGACCGCCCAACGUUUUUUGACAUGGAGGGCUCAGGAUUCCCAGACUUGGACAGAAUCCAGGGUGCCCGUGGUCCUCCUGGCCCCCCAGGCCCUCCUGGCCCUCCUGGGGUUUCAGUGGCUAUGGGAGCCAACGGUCCAGUAGCUUUCGGACCUCCUGGACCACCUGGACAGGAUGGAGUCCCUGGUCUACCGGGCCCUCCCGGUCCUCCCGGUCGACCGGGUCAACCAGGACUCACAGGAGUGAAGGGUGACAAUGGUGAGCUUGGUCUUCCGGGACCAUCUGGAGAAAAGCAAGACUCGCAAGACUCCAACUUUUUCACGGGGCUGUUCUCUUACUUUGCUCCAUCCUCUACGGGUGCUCAGGGUGAUGCAGGAAGGUCAGGUACACCUGGGCAAACUGGGCUGGCAGGACUUCCAGGUCCCAUGGGACCAGUUGGACCACCAGGACCCCCUGGGCCGCCAGGGCCGCCAUACCGCGUUGGUUUUGGCAACCAGGAUGGAUUUGAGGAAAACAAUGGCUUGCCUGGACUCAGAGGCCCACCUGGACCACAGGGUCCUCCUGGUAUCGCAGGUCUUCCUGGUAAGCCAGGUUUACCCGGCAUCCAUGGUGACAAAGGAGCAGAGGGAUCAAGAGGACCUCCUGGGAUACCAGGUCUCGACGGAUUCCCCGGACAGUCGGGUGAAAAGGGAGCCAGAGGAGACAAAGGAGACAUGGGUCUGCCAGGGCGAGAUGGCGGACCUCCUGGACCUCCAGGACCUCCCGGCCCUCCAGGACAGAUCAGCUACCACACAACGAGCGACGGAGGAAGUAGUGUUCAGGGUCGAGCAGGAUUCCCGGGGCCCAUGGGACCAAAAGGAGACAAAGGAGACUCAGGUCCUCCAGGGUAUGCACCAAAGGGAGAGAAAGGAGAACCUGGCCUUAUCAUCGGGCCUGAUGGGAGACCUCAGUACAUUGGUGGGCUUGCAGGAAAGCCGGGCGAGAGCGGACCCCCUGGCCCUGUGGGACCUCCAGGUCCACAUGGUCCCUCAGGCCAGAAGGGAGACAUUGGGAUUCCAGGUAGACCGGGUCGACCUGGGCUGAACGGCGCCAGAGGAGAGAAGGGAGAUUCAGGCAGUGGAUCUGGAUACGGUUACCCGGGUCCUCCAGGUCCACCGGGCCCCCCUGGACCUCCUGGACCUUCUGUUCCCAGCGACAGAUUCAGAGGGUAUGAUGAUUACUCCAGGCAUUACCCAGCUCUUAAAGGAGAGAAAGGUGAUCGUGGACCACCAGGGACUCUUGAAAUUCCAGGUUUCGGGUCAUCCGUUGACAUUUACACUUUAAGGAAUGAGUUGAAAGGUGAAACGGGCAAUCCGGGCUUCAAAGGAGAGAAAGGAGAACCAGGCGGAGGAUAUUAUGACCCCCGCUAUGGAGGGAGCGGAGUCGGACCCCCAGGAGAGCGUGGACCUCCUGGCCCAAAAGGCGACUCCAUCAGUGGCCCACCAGGCCCCCAGGGGCCACCUGGUCAGCCAGGAAGAGGCUAUGAUGGGCAACCUGGACCACCAGGUCCACCUGGACCUCCAGGACCAUCCUUACCUGGAGCUUACAGGGGCACACAGACUAUCAAUAUUCCUGGACCACCUGGACCACCUGGAGUGCCUGGACUACCUGGACACUCCUCAGGGGUAACAGUGUUGAGGUCUUAUGAUACCAUGACAGCGACUGCUAGAAGACAACCCGAGGGCUCUCUGGUGUACAUUAUAGACCAAACAGAUCUCUACUUACGGGUCCGAGAUGGAGUUCGUCAAGUCCAACUCGGGAGCUACAUUGCUCUGCCCAGUGUGGAUGAUAAUGAGGUUGCAGCUGUGGAGCCCCCACCAGUCAUCCCCUACUCCCCAGACCACCACUCCAACACAGACACCUCCGCACAUGACUCCCAGAGGCCACCUGAGAGUCCGGUCCACCCAGACUCUGGGCCUCAGUCGCAGCCACACCACCCGGAUCCUUAUUACCCAUCAAACCCUGAUCCCAGAUACCCAACACACACUGAUCCCAGAUACCCAACCCAGCCGGAUCCCAGAUACCCGUCCCACACUGAUCCCAGAUACCCAACCCAGCCAGAUCCCAGAUACCCAUCCCAACCGGAUCCCCGAUACCAACCUGACACCCGGCAUCAGCCGGAUCCGCGGUACCCAGCACCCACAGAUCCAAGGUAUCCAAGUUAUUCAGACCGGUUGAAUCAACCAGACGGUAGGUAUUCUGUCCAUACAGCCCAGGAACGCCCCACGUACCCAGAAACUCGCUACGCAGUCACUCCUCAGCGAAGACCACCUCCUCCUUUGCCGGAGUCUCCAGUCCACCAUCAUACUACAGGUCCAGCGCUCCACCUGAUCGCCCUGAACAGCCCUCAGACUGGCUCCAUGCAGGGCGUCCGCGGUGCAGACUACAAGUGUUUUACUCAGGCUCAGGCCAUCGGGAUGAAGGGAACUUUCCGGGCAUUCCUGUCCGCCAAACUCCAGGAUCUCCACAGCAUAGUCCGCAAGGCUGACAGGGACCGUGUGCCAAUAGUCAACCUGAAGGACGAAGUUCUGUUUGACAGCUGGGACGGCAUCUUCAACGAGGGCAGAAUAAAGGACAACGUGCCGAUCUACUCCUUUGAUGGCAAAGACGUUUUCAGUGACAGCACAUGGCCAGAGAAGAUGAUAUGGCACGGGUCAACCAGCGGCGGGCAGCGGCAUGUGGACAGCUUCUGCGAGACGUGGCGAGUGGGCGAGCGGACGCUGACCGGCAUGGCGUCGUCACUGCAGAGCGGCAAUCUGCUCCAGCAGAGCUCCAGCAGCUGCUCCAGCUCCUACGUCGUGCUGUGCAUCGAGAACAGCUACAUCAGCCACUCCAAGAGAUAGACACAAACACACAACACUGGACGAAGCCAUGCUUUUGUCCACACACACUUUUCUAUCUGUGCACUGUAUGUGGUGCUUUGUAAAUAGGUUUUUUUCUUAUGAAUAAUUAGUUUAUGUUUGAUUCAGGACUAUUCCACACGUUGAACCUAAGUUAAGCUCAGGUGACAUACAGUAACAGUGGCCUUAAAAGCUGACUGUGCUUCCAAAAGCUUUGUUGUCUGUGAACUUAAAUGCUGUGUGUGACUCGUCUGCUAGCGGUCGCUAUAAUGUUGAUAUAAAUAUUGAAAUUAGUAUGCUUGGUGCUUGCUAGUAAAACCCAGUUUUUAUUGAUGAGACGUCUGUCCCUGAGAUUUCAAACAUAAUCGAGGUGAAAUGAUUUGAUUCUAUUUCCUGGUUGCUCUGGAUAAUAGACCUUUUUCACAGCAGCCAUUUUGACGUGAAAUAGUAGGGUAAACAUAGUGAUACUAAUUUAGGUUUUGGUCCAUUUAGUGUAGCAGAAAUAUAUGGUUUGACUGUGACUGUAAUACAGUGUUAAUGCACGAGAGGCAAAUUGGGGCUAAUUCUAGAAACACAUGUUCCACUUAUAUAAUUCUUCGAUCAUAUGACCUCUAUCAUUUUGUGCUGGGAGGAAAGUGAAUAUCUCUGGCAAGAUUUGUCACACAGCAGCUCAGAAAAAUAAAACAUGUCCAUAUGUCCAGACUAGAGAAACUAAACUGAUCUCAGAGAGGGAUAUACCACUGUAAUCACAUGUAGAAAUGAUGUCUGUGGAGAGAGUGAUGGACUUCCGUUUAACCAAGCACCUAAAAAGCAGUGUUAAUAAUGAAAACUAUAUUUCCUUUGGCUUUAAAUAUCACAUUUAACUUUAUAUACAGUAUUUGUCAGCGCUGGAGUUAAACAAAUAAGUAAUUGACCCUUCCUAAGUCCCGCCCUUUUCAAAACCUCGGUCAACUUUCUCCUUCCCUGUGCGAAGAUAUGCUGUGUGCUAGCCUCGUCUAUGUUGAAAAUCUUAUGCUAACUUAAGAUGUGACUAUAUAUAUAUAUAUGUCACUUUUAUCUUUUAACCAUUCUCCAAAUGUGGUUGUCUUUUAACAUAGAUUCAUUGCUCAACUGUUAUUGGAGGAAAGAGCGAAAAGGGGUGGGACUUAGGAAAGGUCAAUUGUCAGUUAAAGCUUUUUAUCUGUUUAAAUGGUGCCUUUAAAAACACAUUUCAACCUCCAAAAGCAAUAUAAACAUGAGUUAUUGUGUAUGAAAGUUAUGUUUUUUUAAUUUCCUUUCUUUUACACUGAUGUUAUCUGUAACCCAUAGCACUUGAGUUAUAGCCUUUUUAAUAAUUUUGCAACUGUCUUGCACGGGAAGAUAUUUUCAAAUAGUAUUUUUAGCAAUAACAAAGGGAUAUUUAUUUUUUAUAAACCGUGCAUUUUCUAGUUAAACGAUAAUGUGUGAUGUGAAUGCUUUCACAAAAGAAUAAUUACAUUUACAAAUACAUUCAGCAAACUUGCAAACCCUACACUGAUAUAAAAUUUGUGCGAAUAGUAAGCAAAACAAUUGAUGUACGAAUAAAUAAACAGGAUUCAGCCAUAAAUCUUUAUUAGUGCAUUGUUGCUUUUUUAUUUGUUUUUGCUUUUUUUUCAAGAACAGUGAAUGCACUGCAGUUUUAGUCUAAAGUGGAGAAUAGAGUGACAUUCAAAUGUACUAACAGUGCCAUAACAAAUGCAGUAAGAUUACAGGUUGUCAUAUGCUUUUUUUUUCUCCUUGUGUGAGCAACAUUAUGAAAUGCUGCAUUUCAAUGAAUAAACCUGUGUGGAAAUUGUGAGUGACGUUC